GCGGAGGGAGGCGCGCAACAGAAGCGCGUCCCCGCCGAGGAGCGGCUCCCGCGUCCAUGGAUUACCGCACUUCAGGGUCCGAGCGCUGCUUCCUCUCUCCCCGGGACACGCGUGUCAGUGCCGCUUCUUCUCCGUGGGACGACGCGAGUGUUCGGCCGCACUGAGAGCCGAGGAGAAAAUCACAGUCAGUGAACCGAAACCCUGGUGGAUCAUAGCGAGUGACCGCUGUGACCACAGUGACCAGUGAGUGACCACAGUGACCGCACCGUCGCCGCCGACACAAGUAGUAGACUCACGUGCGCCCACCAUGGAGACCUCCUGUCCGACAGCGACCGAGAAGAAAGACUACAAGGCAUUCGACCUGGAGGGCGGCACCUUCUCUGACAUCCCCAAGAAACCAUCCCCGUCUGCAACCACACGUGCCUCCCACUCCACAUUACCGACUUUCCACACACCCAUCCCAAUUGACAUGCGUCACCACGAAGGCAGGUACUAUUACGAGCCACACGCCUUGCACGGCUCUUCAGGGUUGCUUGGCAGUCCAAUCAUCUCAGAUAUUUCCCUUAUCCGGUUGUCACCCCAUGCUGUGGGCACCGGGGACUUACCUUUCAACCCCCCGCACCCCUACGUCGGCCCCCGCGUGGAGCACUACCUCCGCUCGGUGCACGGUAGCCCCACCUUCUCCAUGAUCUCAGCGGCCCGGGGCCUGAGUCCAGCUCAUGUGUCACACGAGCAGCUGAAGGAGCGAGGCCUCUUCAACCUCCCUCCUGCCCCUCCAGGAUCCAACCCUUCUGAGUACUACCACCUCAUGGCCAGCCACCGCAGCCACUAUGGGGACCUGCUCCUGCAGACGGGGGCUGCGACCACCCACCUGCCAGACUACAUCAGCCCAGUGGACAUGUCCCGCUUCCCCAGCCCCAGGGUGACCCCCCGGCUGAGCCGCAAGCGCGCCCUCUCCAUCUCGCCCCUGUCGGACGCCAGCAUCGAUCUGCAGACCAUGAUCCGCACUUCACCCAGUUCCCUGGUGGCCUACAUCAACAACUCCCGCAGCAGUUCUGCAGCCAGCAGCUCAUACGGACACCUCUCGGUCGGCACCAUCAGUCCCACCUUCCCGUUCUCCCAUCCUAUCAACCCCGUGGCGUACCAGCAGAUCCUCUCCCAGCACAGAAGCGCCUUCGGCCACACCCCACCCCUCAUCCCACCUCCAGCCUCCGUCUCAACCCGCCGGCAUCCGCCGGGUCUCUCUGCCGUGCCCAGCGUCGCCCACGACAGCACCGAGUCCAAAAAGAAAACCGCCGGUGACUCUGCUGUGAGCAGUACAGGCAACCCUAUGACUUCCAAGAGGUCAAAGGUGAAGACGGAAGGAGAUCCUCUUCGACUUGCUUCCCCUUGCUCCCAGGAGCAUGUAUGUGGCUUCCUUGAUCUGAAGGAGGACGCGGAGAAGGAAGAGUGCAGGCAGGAGCCGGAGGCGGAGUACGAGACCGCCUGCCGCUGGGAGGGCUGUGCCAAGGAAUACGACACCCCGGAGCAACUAGUGCACCACAUCAACAAUGACCACAUCCAUGGGGAGAAGAAGGAGUUUGUGUGCCGCUGGGACGAGUGCUCCCGGGAGCAGAAGCCCUUCAAGGCCCAAUACAUGCUGGUGGUGCACAUGCGACGGCACACGGGUGAAAAGCCACACAAGUGCACCUUUGAGGGCUGCUCAAAGGCCUAUUCCCGUCUCGAGAACCUGAAGACUCACCUGAGGUCCCACACGGGCGAGAAGCCGUAUGUGUGCGAACACGAGGGCUGCAACAAGGCCUUUUCCAACGCGUCUGACCGAGCAAAGCACCAGAACCGUACCCACUCCAACGAGAAACCAUACGUGUGUAAGGUUCCCGGGUGCACAAAGCGUUACACGGACCCCAGCUCUCUCAGGAAGCACGUUAAAACCGUUCACGGCCCCGAGGCCCACGUGACCAAGAAGCAGCGCGGUGACGCGACCCCUCGGUCCCAGCCUCCCAGGGAAGGCAGGGGCAAUGAGGCCAGCAUCGAGCGGACCGGCAAAGGACGGGGGGAAAAAUUAGAAGGCAACGGCGCCACCAGAGGCACGGAGGACUGCUUGCAGGUCAAGUCGGUAAAGACAGAGAACUCUGGGAUGUAUCGGUCCAGCCCCGGCCAGUCAUCCUGCUGCAGUGAGCCGUCACCGCUCGGCAAUGUCGCCAACAGCGACGGUGGGAUAGGGAUGGCUCUGCACAUCGGGGACGGCCCGGGAGACGUAAGCAUGCCCGACGAGCCCCCCGUUGCGGAUUCCACCGUCUCCCUGAGCCGCUCGGCAGUCGGCAUCCAGCUGCGCAAGACUGGCAUUGCAGCUCACAGGCUAGAAAACCUCAAGAAGGAAAAGUUGAAGGCCGUGAGAGACUCCUGUUAUUGGGCUAACCAGGCACCUCAAGUCCAAAACACCAAGCUGCCUCCCAUACCAGCAACCAGGUCUUUGCUCGAGAGUUUGGAUGAUGGUUCUCCGAGCGCAACUUUUCCCAGUCCGCAUCACGGAGAACUCUCCGGCGGCGAGGGCAUCUGGCCGAAACUCCCGAACGAGCGCCGGGGCAGCGCUACCAGCACCAUCAGCACCGCCUAUACAGCGAGCCGCCGGUCCUCCGGCAUCUCGCCGUGCUACUCCAGUCGCCGGUCCAGCGAGGCCUCGCAGUUCGGUUUCCGCAACAACAACGUCAGCUCAGCCGACUCGUACGACCCCAUCUCCGCCGACCUGUCGCGUCGCUCCAGCGAAGCCAGCCAGUGCAACGGCCCUCCAGGCCUCCUCAGCCUCACGCCAGCUCAGCAUUACCGCCUCAAAGCCAAGUACGCCGCUGCCACAGGGGGCGCUCCGCCGACGCCGCUCCCCAACGUGGACCGCAUGUCUCUCCAGACCCGAGCUGGCCUCUGUGGAGAUACGCGUGACUUUACUGACUACCCCUUCCGCAGCCUCCAGGCUACAAGAAGAGGCAGUGACGUAGGUUGCUCGGCUCUGGGCGUGAUGUCUCACGAGGUCCCGGGGAACCUUCCCCGGCGAGCUAGUGACCCCGUCCGCCGGCCCAAUAUGGAUCCUCUCUGUCUCCCACGGGUGCAGCGCUUUAACAGUAUCAGUAGCAUGAACCCCCCGGUACCCCCUGCAGAACGUUGCGGCCUGGCACUGCAGAACUACGCACUCUCUGACAGAAGCCUGCGUCCGAACCUCUACGGCCCUCGUCCGCCAAGUAUCUCGGAAAAUAUACCAACGGAGGCCGACGCAGGGGAUCUGGGCACGCAAAGUAGCGACGACGACCUAGUACUGCCUGAUGAUGUGGUACAGUACCUACGGUCCCAAAACGAUGGGUCUGCUCAAUGUAUUACUUCACUAUCGUGUGCAAACCAGUCACAGAGUAACCAGGAGAACAUGGCCUCCCAGCAACAGCAAUUUUAUGGCCAGCAUCACAUGACUGUGGCAGACACCAGCUCAAGCCCAACAGAGCAGAUGCUGCCUCUCUACCACAUCAGGCCCGGUUCCCAUCAGCCGUUCCCUAGCUCAGCUGUCCUAAGCAAAAAUAACAUGCCCGUUCAGUGGAACGAAGUCAGCUCGGGGACUGUGGACACCACGCAAGGACAAAUUAAGCAGCAGCUUGUCCAAGGAAACCUGGCCGUAGUCCAUCAAAGGCAAAAUUUCGGCCUCUACCGCAACCUCGGUGGCAACCAACAGCUCGUGCAAAUGGGUCCGAAAGUUGCGCAUACAGCACAGCAGGUUCUCGUGCGGUGCGAUAUGAGUGCUGCAUCCCAGAAAAUGACCGGCUUCCAGCAGGAUAAGCCCCUGAAUACCGGUGAUCCGCUGAACACGCUCCAAGGACAUAACCAGAAUGUAAUCUUCAACACAGCAAAUGGGGACUCAAACCAGCAGAGUUCUUAUUCCAGCUCAACUGCGGUGUUGGGUUCCUACGAAAGAGGAAUAACCCUGCAUAGUCCAAACAGUCAGAACUACAAGUUAAGGCCAAUAAGAAGUCCAGCCCGUGUCACGUGUGCCGGCAGCCACGGAAACAACAACCAAGAGAACUUCACCCUGCAGCCCCAUCAGUCCAUCCACAAUGGAAUUCGAGGCAUGACGCAGCCAAGGCCACCCACAGAGCCCAAGUCGCUCUGCAGACAGCAGCCUGGCCCUAACACACCACAGCAGCAUGGAUUCUCCCAGCCAACUUUGGGCUCUGGACACAAUAGCUUGGAAUCCAGCCUCAUAGUCUCUAGUGCCAUAGACCACAGCUGCGCCCGUGACGUGAAGGACGGUAAUAUGCACUACGGUGGGCAGGUUCUCUUGCCGGAAUCGAAUAGCGACUUCAGCUCACGGAUAUCUCCCGGCACCAUUCCAUCGGCGGUCACCGCAGACUCUCCCGGGGUCAAUCACGUCUCCAGCACCGUGGACUCCGUGCGGGGUAUGGAGCACACCCAGAUAGACUUUGACUCCAUGCUGGAUGAUGGGGAUCACGCCAGCCUCAUGUCAGGCAGCCUGAGCCCCGGCCUCCUGCAGAGCCUGUCUCAGAACUCCUCCCGGCUCACGACGCCUCGCAACUCCACGACACUUCCCCCGGUGCCAUCGGGGGUUUGCAACAUGGCCGUCGGAGACAUGAGUUCCAUGUUGAGGGCACUAGCAGAGGAAAACAGGUUUCUCAACAUGAUAUCGUGAAAUCGGAUGCUAUAAAAACCG